UUUCCUUUAAAAACACAGUAAGGUUGAAGCUCUGAGUGGUUUUUAAACGUGGCAGCUCUCAUGACAGAUCUAAUCUAGAGAGGUUACAGUAGACAGAGUGCUUCAUAAUGCAGCCAACAUGUUUGAUCAGGUUUUAGGACAGAUUUUCUCCACUCAUUAGUGUACAUACAUUUGAGAUGAAGAUUUUUCAGACGUCACUACAAAAACAUCAAUAUAACAAAGUCUUAGUCUUAUAUGCAGCCAAAAAGUCUUUUUAACUUGAUAUGAGAGAGAUGUACAAGACGAGAGCAGAAUGUGAGAUUAUUAAUCAUGUUAUAAGAGUAUGUCUUUAAUUUCUUAAAAUUGCUUAUUUCAUAAGCAUAUCUAGUUAAAUAAUUUCCCUGAGACUCUGUUUGAGAUCAUAUUUAUCUUUUACACCCAAAUUUAUCUGUAAAAACUUGUUUCAAGAUGUCCCACUGCAGAAAUGAGCUACCUUAAUGAGGAAAAAAGCAUUUGGUAGGAUUUCAUGAAAAAAGAGAAAAUGUUUUCACUUUAGAGAAGUGAGAAAAAUCUUAAAAUAAAGCUUUCAUUCUAGGCCCUUUAUUACCUAAAAAUGACCUCAAAACUAACCUGUUCAUGCUUCGUUUUAGUGUUUCUUUCUCACUUUGAGAGAAAAGAUCAUAAAACAAGAGCAACUGAACAAGAAAACAAGAAAUGGUGGCGAGGCGGUGCACAUCUAUGGUAGAGCAGGUUCUCCAGUGAGCAGGAGGUUGGUGGUUCAACUCCACCUCAUUGUGGUCAUUCUGGUCUUAACAUUAAAAGUACUUAUUUCAUAUGAAUGUUUGGUGGUGAUCUAAGAAGAUGUUUGUUUCGUUUUUAUUUAAUCAUUUAAAAUGGGACAAUGCAUAUUAACUUACAGCAGCUUCGCCAUGUAACUGUGCCAGAUUUACCUCUUCAGGCUGACUUUCAUCUGUAGUCACACGGCAGGUCAGUGUAAGAAACGUGAUAAAAUACUUAAACACACACACAUUCUUCAAUUAAAUCGUCUGUUUUAAGAUCUUUUCUCUCAAAGUAAGAAACACUGAAAAGACGCAUUGACAAGCAAAUGUUGAGGGUUUUUUUCUCUUAAUAAAGGACUCGAAAUGAGUGUUUCAAAGCUCGUUUUAAGGUGUGUCUCUAUAUUUUUUUUAAUUUCAGGAAAUCGUACCAUGUGUAAUUAUUUCACUCGAUUGGAGUCAGAAUCUUCUCAUUUCAAAUGUAUUUUUACUCAUAUUGCAGUAAAACCUUUAUUUUCUUUUAAACUUGUUUUCAUCUGGCUACAUGUGCGGUUUGUGUUAAAUGAACUGCGUAUCUCUACCUUGGUACAGCUCUUUGAAUAUCACCGCAUGCAUCUGUCAAACCUGCUCGUAUGGGAUGAUAGGAGUGCCACAAAAAAGAAUAAGUCUGAAAAAGAAUAAACAAAAAAAUAAAACAAAUUAAAAUAUUUUAUAUGGUUUCAUUUAUUUAUUUUGAUAUAAUUUCAUUUUUUAAUUUUUAUUAUUUUUUUUCCUAUUCUUUGCAUUCUUUUCCUUAUAUUUUUUCUUAUUUUUUUUUCUAUUUAUUUCGGCUCACAGCACCACCAGCAGGACACAGAGCCUGGGCAGCUAGGGGCUGUAAAUGAGCAAGUAGAACAUUAAUACAACUUUCACAGCUGUGUAAUCUCACUACAUAAAGGUAAUUAGGUUUUGGUCAGGGAAUAUUUAUUUUACUGCAGCCUAAAUAAAAGGCUGCACAGAUCAGACCAGAAUGACUUUCAUAACUGCACACAAUCAUCAGCGAGCAACGUUACGCUAACCAGAAGUGCAACAGAGCGCCGUCUUACAGCAUUCAGACCAAAGUCUUAAACAGAAAUACACAGAAAAAAGAAUAAGGAUAUAUAUAAUUAAAAGAAUAGGGAAAAAUAAUGUAAUCAAAAUAAAAGAAUAAAAUUAUGUGAAAAUAAAUUUAAAAAAAUUAUAUUUUAUUUCUUUCAUGUAUUUGUCUAAAUAUUUCCUCAUUUAUUUCCUUCAUCUUCUGCAGAUUUAAUAUUUUUUGUGGCACUUCCAUCAUUCCACAUGCUCAAACUUUAAUUACUUCCACGGAUACAACAUCAAAUAUCCAUAAAUCUGCAGUCUUUUCUUAUAUUUUAACUUGUAUUUUGGUGCUUAAAGCUCUAUAUUUUUCUAACAGAAAGUGACAACCAUGAGUUCAACGUUCGAUGCAAACAAAUUAUUUUGCUUCUGUGUUUAAGCAGAAAUCCCUGUUAACUACACGUUUCUAAUGUUAGUUUUCACCUGACCUAAAACUGUCUGUUAUAAUGAAUGUAGAACAAGCAGGUGCACCUAAGACAGUUGGUUCAUUCUUCUUGUUUCAUUCUUAGAACCUUGAACUUUACAAUCAGUGUCAACAUUUAAUUUAAAACUGAGUAGAGACCUCUGUUAGUUUCUCAAUCUAAAGCAACUCUACAGUUAGUCCAUCUGUCACUCUUCCGUAUCUGUACAGUCAUUAGAAACCAAACAGACAGGAAAAAGAGUGCAUGCGCCUCAGCACUGAAAUAUUACAUCAAGUGGAAACAGAGAAAGAAGUUAAACAUAUUUUCAGAGUUGUGCAGUAGCUGAACAAGCUUAAUGUGCAUGACAAGGAUUAGCAUUAAAACACUAAAAGAGUGAUGUUUAGGCAUCUACCUCGUCUUCAUAGAAAGUACUAAGUGUGAUGUAGAGUAACUAUUAGUCUGCAAGUAGCUCAAGUUCAAGUAUCCUGCAGGAAGUAGCAUCAGAAGAUGCUCCACUGUGGUCAUAAAGGGAUGGACAUGGUCAGCAACAAUACUCAGGUAGGCUGUGCUGGUUAAACCAGACCACGUUGGUACUAAGGGGCCCAAAGUGGACCAAGAAACAAUUUAUUUACAUAAGUGUAAAGAACUGUGCAUUAGUUGCUGGCGUUGUAUGAUACAAGUACCAAGAGAACCAGCGAGAGACUCAACAAUGACUCUUGAGAUGUGUGAAAGAGCACCAGGCUGCUCAAAUCCAGUCGGGGUUUUUAGACAAACAGAACAUCGAAUAAAACAAACAGAGUCCUCCAAGAGUCCAGGCAGAGAGGAAAAUAAUUUCAUUAAAAAUUUAAGGACAUCAGAGCAGGUCCAGGUGGGUCAGAUGAACAAUCAGGUAGCCACGCCCAUGUGAAGGCAGGAGCAGGAAGAAAAAACCCACUGAUCCACAGAUUCUGAAGCUCAGUUUGAACUUCAGCAAGUCGUCUUCACCAUGUCUACAUGUGCUGGUUUGCUGCCAUGUGAUUGGUUGAUUAGAUGUUUGUGUUAACAAGCAGUUGAACAGGUGGAGUUGAUGAAGAGGCUGGUGAGUGUAUAUAUCGGUAAGUCAAAAAAAACAGUAAUAUUUUCUUAAGAAAUGCAUGUUGACGUAUGACACUUCUCACAUCAAUGAGUUAACGUGCACUUUUCUCUCCACAUUUUCUAGUGCUUGCAGUAAAAGAAUGCAGAGCCUAAUGGACACCUAACACGGGCAACGCAGCACAGAAGAAAUGGAUGCAGCUGAUGUGCCAAUUAAAAGCACUAAAGAUGCUUACCCUUUCUCUCUGCAGUGAAAAGACUCGAUGUUCGAAGGCUUUACGCUGCUUAUUUUUCUCCAUGCUGCUCCUUGUGAUUGGAACUUUGAUUUUCUACAGUUCGCUGCCAUCCUGGCUGUCACACUGGGCGUCAUUUCCAUGGCUCAACCAAUUUUACUACACUUCUCCACAAAAAAGUAUUUCAGAAUAUUUCGUGGAAUACCCGCAUGAAUACCGUUUUAUACUGGAUGAACCAAACAGAUGCCGCAAGGAAAGCCCAUUCUUGGUUCUUGUAAUUCCCGUCCCACCACAAGACAGAAGGACCCGUGACAUAAUUCGCAAGACAUGGGGGAAUCAAACCACCGUCCUGGGUCAUGUGGUCAGCCACUUCUUCCUGCUGGGACUGUCCAGAAUAGGCAAAGGGACAGGACACCCCGAGGAAAAGGUGUUAAACGAAAGCCAGCAACACCACGACAUUCUCCAGAGUGACUUUCUGGACAGCUACAAAAACCUCACCAUUAAAACAAUGGUUAUGUUUCAGUGGCUCAGUUCUCGCUGCCCCAAGGCCUCCUACGCCAUGAAGGUUGACUCGGACAUGUUCCUUAACGUACACAAACUCGUUGGCAUGCUUUUGAAAGCCCCCCAACGUCUCUACAUGACAGGCAUGGUGGCAAGAAAUGCUCUUGUAAUUCGGGACAGUAACUCAAAGUGGUUUCUGCCUGUUUCUGCCUUCCCAGAGUCGGUUUACCCACCUUACUCCCUGGGAUUAGGCUACGUGUUUUCACUGGAUUUAACCAAGAAGAUACUGGAGGCAUCCUCACAAGUUAAAGCUGUUUAUAUCGAGGAUGUAUACGUGGGACUGUGCAUGAGACAUUUGGGAUUCACACUGACAGAUCCUCCUGAUGGUGGUUUAUUUAUGACUACCGUCCCUUUUCUAAAAGGUAACUGCUACUGGACUUCUGUCAUUACAACAAUUCUGCCAAACUCUGAUGAGCUUUUGGAUGUGUGGAGGACAUAUAAGGCCGAAGCCCAGAGUAGCUGCUGUAAACCUGCCUGUGCCUGAAAAACACUGUCGCUGUUAAACCCUGCAGAGCCUUUUAGACAGACAACUGCCUUAAAUGUUAUCUAUUUAGUAUGUCAUUGACUUUUGAUGCUGGAACUUAGCUUGUGAGUUUUGUGAAUUUUGUGUCUGAACAGAAAUGUGUUUCAUACUUGUUGGCAAAGUUUUCACAAAUUUCAAAUGUUUACUUGGUUUUCUGCCACUUAAAUAAUAUUUAAGU